GAACUUUAACGGCGCUCGCUAACGGACGCGUCUGACUUGCUCUCUGGCACUCUCGCUCUCUUUCACUCCGGCCAAACGCGCAUCGUAUAUAAUUCGAAUUUGUAGCCAACUACUCGGACGACAACAGCGACGACAACACGUAGCAGCGACAGCAUCAUUAAAACGAGUCAGCUAGAAAGCACAGAUCAGACUUGACGUCACCAUCAGCGGAUCUCCAGGCGCGCRCACACACACACAAUGAUACUGCGGAACACCAUUGCCGGGCAGCUGGUGGUGCUGCUGUUGAUCUAUGGCCGCCACACCUUGCUCUCCAGCGCCAAGACGGUGACCAGCGAGCAGAUGUCCUUGGCGCUGCCGGAGCCGCGCGCCUAUCUGCCCGACGCACAGAAUCUGGACUUUGUCUACCAUGAUCACGAGGAGCUGACGCGCUUCCUGAGGGCGACAAGCGCGCGUUAUCCCAACCUGACGGCGCUCUACUCCAUCGGCAAGUCCAUCCAGGGUCGCGACCUGUGGGUGAUGGUGGUCAGCUCGUCCCCGUACGAGCAUAUGGUGGGCAAGCCCGACGUCAAGUACGUGGGCAAUAUACACGGCAACGAGCCCGUGGGCCGGGAGAUGCUGCUGCAUCUGAUUCAGUACUUCGUGAGCAGCUACAACACGGAUCAGUACGUCAAGUGGCUGCUGGACAACACAAGGAUUCACAUACUGCCCACCAUGAAUCCCGAUGGCUAUGCGGUGUCCAAGGAGGGCACCUGCGACGGCGGCCAGGGGCGCUAUAAUGCGCGCGGCUUUGAUUUGAAUCGCAAUUUCCCCGACUACUUCAAGCAGAACAACAAGCGCGGGCAGCCGGAGACGGACGCCGUCAAGGACUGGAUAUCCAAGAUACAGUUCGUGCUCAGCGGCAGCCUGCACGGCGGCGCCUUGGUGGCCAGCUACCCGUACGACAAUACGCCCAACUCCAGGCUGCUCAAAGGGAUCUGCCGAUCGUCCGCCCUGUGCGCGAUGUUCCAGACCUAUUCGGCAGCGCCGUCGCUGACGCCCGACGACGAUGUCUUCAAGCACCUGUCCCUGGUCUAUGCUCGCAACCAUGCCAAGAUGUCCAGGGGCGUGGCAUGCAAGUCGGCCACGCCGGCCUUCGAGAAUGGCAUCACAAACGGUGCCGCCUGGUAUCCGCUGACCGGCGGCAUGCAGGACUUUAACUAUGUGUGGUAUGGCUGCAUGGAGAUCACGCUGGAGAUCUCCUGCUGCAAGUUCCCGCCGGCCUAUGAGCUCAAGAAAUACUGGGAGGACAAUCAACUGUCGCUCAUCAAAUUUCUGGCCGAGGCCCAUCGGGGCGUGCAGGGCUUCGUGUUCGAUCCAGCGGGCAUGCCCAUUGAGCGCGCCUCCAUCAAGAUCAAGGGACGCGACGUUGGCUUCCAGACGACCAAGUACGGAGAAUUUUGGCGCAUUCUACUGCCGGGCUACUACAAGGCCGAGGUCUUUGCCGAGGGCUAUGCGCCCCGCGAAGUGGAAUUCGUCAUUGUCGAGCAGCAUCCCACGCUGCUCAAUGUCACGCUGCAGGCCUCCAAGUAUAAUGUUGGCUCCGCGCGUAAGCCCAAAAAGGAACGCAAGCAACGCCAUCUCCUGCACGAUGAGCUCCAAACGCCCAAUGAGUAAGAGUGCUGGAGCACUCACAAUGGCAAGGGCAAUGUCAAUCCCCGCGUCUGUAAAUAUUCGCUGAGUGCUUUAGAAUCUUUGACCUGCCACUGAUCCACUAGUCCAAACAUAGAUCUCUAGAAUCCCUCUAGUGGGCUUGCACUGCACUUGAGCGAUAUAUACACAUAGAGAACAAAUUGAAAUUCUUGACCAAAACAGCUUAGGAUUAAACUCGUAACACUAGCCAAAUUAAAAAACAC